ACAUCCGGUUGUGCGUGGAAGAAGGCUUAAAAAAAUCAACCAACACUCGCAACUCCAAGAAAAGGAUUUUCACCUCUCUUUUAAGCCAACUUUAGAAAAGAAAUAUAGGUAAAACCUAAAGUUUGUUCCUGUUUUCCUUCAUAUUUUCGAACUUCUUUUCACUUUAAAGGUAAAUGUUAGGAAUGUCGGCGAGCAGUUUGUCGUACAAUGACCAAGGAGGAGCAGAGACAGGCGUGGAAGUUGGUCAGGAGACCACGCCGACAACUACUUUUGGUCUCUUCACGAGCGACUUUAAAAAGAAUGAAGAUCUAAAGGAGAUGCUGGAGAGCAGCAAGGAGUCUCACAAACUAGAGGCCAUGAAGAGGGUGGUGGCGCUGAUAGCUAGGGGGAAAAAUGCAUCAGAGCUGUUUCCUGCUGUCGUGAAAAAUGUUGCAAGCAAGAACCUUGAGCUAAAGAAGCUGGUUUACGUCUACUUGGUCAGGUAUGCAGAGGAACAGCAGGAUCUUGCCCUCCUGUCUAUCAGCACAUUUCAGCGUGCUCUCAAGGAUCCAAACCAGUUGAUCAGGGCCAGCGCUCUACGGGUUCUCUCCAGCAUUCGUGUGCCAAUCAUUGUGCCCAUUAUGAUGUUGGCCAUCAAAGAGGCUGCCUCUGACCUUUCACCUUAUGUCAGGAAAACAGCUGCUCAUGCCAUACAGAAGCUGUACAGUCUAGAUCCUGAUCAGAAGGAGCACCUGAUUGAAGUUAUUGAGAAGCUCCUAACAGACAAAAGCACGCUGGUGGCAGGGAGUGUGGUAAUGGCAUUUGAAGAAGUGUGUCCUGACCGGAUUGAUCUGAUCCAUAAGAACUACCGGAAUCUGUGCAACCUUCUGAUUGAUGUGGAGGAAUGGGGACAAGUGGUGAUCGUCAACAUGCUCACCCGCUAUGCCCGCACCCAGUUCAUCAGCCCAUGGAGAGAGGACAGUACAGUUGAUGAAAACUGUGAAAAGGCAUUCUACGAUUCGGAUGAAGAAAAGAGAGAUGGUGUGACAAAGACAAAGCCAUACAUUAUGGAUCCAGAUCACAGAUUAUUGCUACGUAAUAUCAAACCUUUACUCCAGAGCAGAAAUACUGCUGUGGUAAUGGCUGUGGCACAGCUGUAUUGGCACUUGGCCCCUAAGGAUGAACUAAAUAUCAUCACCAAAUCUCUGGUGCGACUGCUCAGGAGCCACAGAGAGGUUCAGUAUAUAGUGCUGCAAAAUAUUGCCACCAUGUCCAUUCAGAAAAAGGGCAUGUUUGAGCCUUUCUUGAAGAGUUUUUAUGUACGAUCAACAGAUGCUACACAUAUCAAAACACUGAAGCUGGAAAUCCUAACUAACUUGGCCAAUGAAGCCAACAUCUCCACCAUACUCCGUGAGUUCCAGACAUAUGUUAAGAGCCAGGACAAAGAGUUUGCAGCCAAUACUAUCCAGGCAAUUGGAAGAUGCGCGACCAACAUCUCUGAGAUUACAGAUGUGUGUCUCAACGGCCUUGUUCUAUUGCUUUCCAGCCAAAAUGAGACAGUCGUUGCAGAAUGUGUGGUGGUCAUUAAGAAGUUGCUUCAAACACAGCCUUUACAGCACAGUGACAUCAUUAAGCACAUGGCUAAGCUGUUUGACAGCAUUACGGUGCCCAUGGCAAGGGCAAGUAUUCUGUGGCUCACUGGUGAAUAUUGUGAGCAUGUGCCAAAAAUCUCUCCCGACCUUCUUCGGAAAGUUGCCAAGACUUUCACCAGUGAAGAGGACAUUGUUAAAAUGCAAGCAGUCAACCUUGCAGCUAAACUGUACCUCACGAACUCCAAACAGACAAAGCUGUUGGUACAGUACAUUCUAAACCUGGGGAAGUAUGAUCAGAACUAUGACAUCAGAGAUCGGACGCGGUUUAUCCGGCAGCUGAUAGUUCCCAAUGAGAAAAAUGGUGCUUUGAGCAAAUAUGCACGGCGAAUUCUGCUGGCACCCAAACCUGCCCCAGUGCUGCAGUCUGCCUUUAAAGAUCGGGAUCGGUUUCAGCUUGGCACGCUGUCCCACACUCUGAACUCUAAAGCCACAGGCUAUCUGGAACUCUCUGAUUGGCCGGCUGUGGCUCCUGACCAGUCUGUGAGAAAUGUGGAGGUGCUGGAACCGGUAGGUGAAUGGGCUCCAUCUGUAAGCAAAGCCAAACCUGCUGCAUCAAAUGACAAGUUCUACUCAGACUCUGGAGAGGAAGAUGAUGAUGAUGAGGAGGAGGAAGGAUCAGAUAGCAGCAGUGAGGACAGCAGUAGCAGCAGUGAGGACAGCAGUAGCAGCAGUGAAGAGUCAAGCAGCAACACGGGGAGUGUGAAAAAUGGUGAAAGUAGCUGUGAGUCUGACGAGAGCUCCAGCCAGUCAGAGAAGAGCAGCGACUUAGGUUCUGAAAAGAAAAAAAGGAAAACUCGAAAAAACAAAGAACUUCAGCGGGGCACAAAACCCAGUAAAGACAGUGACUCGGAUGUGGGCCAAAACAACAGACUUUUGGGUAAAGCUGGUUUGGGAAGCAAGUCAAGCACCUCAGAGGACACUUCAUCUAGCUCAGAGUCUGAUUCUGACUCCCCAACUAAACAGACAGCAAAAAAUGCACCCAAACCAGUCAAGAAGUUGGAAGAGCAACCUAAAAAAGCAAAAGAGAUUUCUCUCUUGGAUCUGGAUGACUUUUCACCCAUUGGAGUUACCACACCCAAGAGCUCCAUCCUCCCCCCAAGCAUUUUGUCUGAUCUACAAGACCUCUCACUUUCUGCCUCCUCCACCCCUGCCAUCCAGGUCACCAGUCCAAUGUUUGUUCCAGUUCGUUCUCAUGAGCUGCUCCACAGCAUGACUGGAAAAGGCUUGGCUGCUCACUAUCAUUUUACCCGGCAACCAUGUAUCUAUGGCAACCACAUGGUUUCUCUCCAACUGACACUGAGCAAUCACAGUGACCAUGUCCUACACAACAUCCACAUCAUGGAGACAGUGUCCACCAGUCAGAAAAUCCACUGUUUCAGCCCAAUUGAGUGUUUGGAGCUGGAGGCAUCAGUAACUGUUUCAGUUGGGGUGGAUUUUAAUGACUCAACCCAGGCAGCCAGUUUCCAGUUGUGUACUAAAGAUGAUCAGUUCAGUGUGUCUAUCCAGCCAGCAGUGGGAGAACUACUACUCCCUGUCACCAUGUCUAAACAGGACUUUAACCAGGAGCAAAGAAAGCUACAGGGAAUGAAUGAAAGCUCAGCCACAGUUACUAUGUCCUCCAAAAACACCUCGAUCAGUGACAAGGUCAUGAAUGUUGCUAGCAUGGGUGUGGUGCCAUCUGGAGAAAAUAACACGCACAGGUUUGCAGCCAAGCUGGUGAGCUCCGGCACCCUGGUGUUGGUGUGUGUGGUACAGAAAGAUGCCAGCGCUCAAGUUACUGUCAACACAGAAAAGACUGUCAUUGGCUCCAUGCUGCUCCACGAGCUCCAGAUAGCACUUGGUGCCCCCUAGAAUGCACCUUCUACUGCACACACACACCCUACUAACCCUUGAAUACACAUGCUGAUUUUGUAUGUUAUUGAAAGAGAAAAAAACAACUUAUUUCAGUUCCAGUGACUGUAAAGGGCAAGCCAAAUGCACAUUCCCCCCAAUAUUGUAAAAAAUUAUAUUUGUACCAGCAUUUUGAACAUUUCUAAUCCAUUUCAAACCUACUUUUUUUUUUUUAAAUAAAUAUUCAGGACUAUAUGUGAACAACCUUCCUGUUAUCUGUAGUUAAACCACAAAAUUCAUCCUGACAUGUUUUACAUGUGGUUUUUUUUUUUUUUUUAAAUCAAACCCAAAGAUCAUGGAAUGCAAGUUUUGAUUCUCAGUUGCAAAUUUUAGCACUAGUUUAAGUGAUUUGCUUUAAUUUAAUUUAAUUAUUUCUGUUAUUUUGGUAUCACUUGCAUAAGAGGAGUUGAAGGACUAUUGCAGCAGGGGUUUUUUUUUGGGGGGGGGUUCCCCAUUCUUUUCUCUAUUUACCACAUCUCUGUGCAAUUACCACAGACACACUUCCCUGUGCUCAGAAAUAUUUCACUGUUUUGAAAAAUAGGUGGAAAACCUGUUUACUGUAAACUCAUAAUAGACUUAUUGAAGUUGGUAUAUUUUGCGCAAAACAUUCAUGUAUUAUCUCAAUGGUAUUUGUAAAUGAGGCUCUAAACCUGUAUAAUUCUAAUUUUCUAAAAUUUGAUGACAUUUUCAGGGGAACAAAUUGUGGUUAUAAUCCCAGUGUAGUUGUGUAAGUCUGAUGGCAAACAGAUCCCACGAAUUUUUACCAGAUUAAGAUUCUUUCAUGUCUCUUAGACUGUUAUGUGGGACAGUGUGGUUUUGAAUGUUAUAUAGUCCUGUAUUGUAUCUCUCUAUGGAAGGAUCUCAACAACUGCUCUCAGAUUACCAUUAAUUAUAUGACCAUUAAAAUGUAUGAAUGUUAUUCCAUUCUUUACUCAGUACAGAGAAGCAUUAAAACUCUGGUGAAUACACCUACACAACAGAUUGAUGGAGACUGGGGGACUUUCAUGCUCCUUUAUUACAUACAGCUCUUUAUUCAGGAUCAGAGCCCAUGGUUUUCCAGACUAUAGCUAUAAAUCUUGUACACCUGCACUCUGUACCAUCAUCAAAAAGGUCAUCCUGUUGACAUUUUUAUGAGAAUGUGAGUGCAUCUCUCUCCAUCCUGCCUAAGUGUAGGUUGUAAGGAUGCCAAACCAUUAGGAUGUAGACGCACACAAUUAUUGAUCUUGGUUGCUGGGUUUGUUGUGUUUUGGCCUAGCUAGAAAAGUUGUUGUAUUGAUUAAAAAAAUAUAUGAAAUAAAGAACAGUGUAAACAAA